AUGGCCCUGCGGCCACUUCGCAUCCUCUGCUUCGGCGACUCACUCACAGCCGGCUAUACCCAGGAUGGCUUACAAUACCAUCCCUACCUCCACAUGGUGCGCCGGAAACUGCAAGAGGCCUUUCCGGGAUUGCAGGUCGACAUCGAAGCGGAUGGCAUGGACGGCGGGCUCACACAACACUUCUCCAGUCGGCUGCGGACGGUCUACCGCGAGCGAGGCACGCCACAAGAUAGCAUCUUCGACUGGGUGAUCGUGCUCGGCGGUACAAAUGACCUAGCCAUCAACAGUCGGCCAGAAACCAUAUUCGAACAUCUCGAGCGCACGUGGUCCUUUGCGAAGAUGCGAAAGACCAAGGUGUUGGCACUCACUGUUCCCGAGGUAGCCAUUCUACGACGGCCAGGCGAUCCGGUAAACCGCAUCAACAAGCGCCGCGACGAGCUCAACUCGUUGAUCCUCGGCUACACAAGCUCGAAUUUCCAUGCGUUUGACUUUAAAAAGGCCUUUUCAUACGAAGACAUGUCCGCCGACGAGCGUAGACGCUACUGGGACGACGCCGUGCACUUCUCACCCGACGGUUACGACCGCAUGGGUGAACUUGUCGCCGAGUCUCUCAUUGGCAUCCUUAAGGCAGAAGAAAGCGCUGCCGCCGGCCCAGAGCCAACAACACUCUCUACGGUGCGUCCCCGGAAACGCAAGAUGUUCCGAGAUGAUGAUGUGAACUUCGAUGAAGAGAAGCUGGGGCCGGACGAGCUCCGCCACGGUUAUGUAGUUGUACGGCGAGUGGACCUCGACUAG